AUGGGCCAAUCGCCAGCAUGCAGGGUUACGCCAGCAAGACCAUUUCUACGCAGCGGAGUGGAUUUUGCUGGACCCAUCAAUAUUCGAGUAUCUAAGGGACGUGGCAACAAAUCGUACAAGGGCUUCAUAGGCCUCUUCAUCUGCAUAGUUACAAAGGCUAUUCAUUUAGAGGUUGUCAGCGAUCUCACAGCCGAGAGCUUCAUAGCUGCGUUUAAGAGGCUUGUUGCCGAUGAGGUCACGUAA